UUUGAUGUUUCAGAAGUGAGAGGCCUUUUCAACUACAGUCUGUCCUGUUGUGUUAAUUCUCUGCUUCAGUCCUUCUCUGCCACCACUGAACUACUGGACAUACUGAACAAAUGGUGUCCAUCUGAGGAGAUUGAACAGACUAACAUCCCACAGCGGUUAAAGAAUGCCUUGCUAGCCAUGAGGGAUAAAUCACAUCCUGCUCCGCACAGAGACUUCCUGGACAGCCUCUACUGUCACGCCAUCCGCCGAGGCACUCAACAGGAUGCGGAUGAAAUAUUCCACAUUAUCCUCAAUCUCAUCCAGAAACAGAUCUCCGAUCUUGACUUGGCUCAGGAAAUCCGCAGUCUCUAUGAGAUAAAGGUGGAGACACAGGUGCAAUGUUCACAAUGCUCAUUCAUUCAACGAGAGCCCAACUCUCUUUUCAGCCUUCCUUUGGCAAUCAGUGAAAGGGGGAACACCCUGGAGAGCUGCAUAAACUCUUUUUUCCAGCCUCAAAAACUGGUGAAUGGUGAGGAGCAUCACUGUAACCGGUGUGAACAGAAGCAGCCGUCCACUUAUGGACUGAAACUCGUCUCAUUGCCUCUGAUCCUGUGUGUCCACUUGAAAAGAUUCAGAAACGAUUGUGGCUUCACCAGGAAACUCUACAGCAAAGUCAUUUUCCCUGAUAAUCUUAACACAGGCAUUUUUGCUGUAGGACAAUCAGAAAAUGUUGCGAAUGAUUCUCACAGGGCUGAUGAGCAUUACAGUCUCUAUGCAGUAAUAGUUCAUAUAGGAUCUGCUAUGUUUGGUCACUACACUGCUUACAUCAGGCCAGCUCAGGAGGACCAGACGUGGUACUAUGCUGAUGACAGUUGCGUGCGACCAGCCAAAUGGGCAGACGUGCGGGACACAUAUGAAGGAGGCAACACGGCCUACUUGCUUCUGUACAGGAAGAAGAGCUGCAAUUCAUCUGGAUAACUGUUGGGAACUGCAGUCAAUAACUGGACACUAUAUGGUUUAAUGCAGAGGAAUAUUCCAAGAAUAGGACCAAAGUCUAUUUAUAUUUUGUCUAUAAGUAUGAAGAGAGGUGUGUGAGAAUGUAAAUCAGUAUAUUUUCAUGUUGAUUGGGGUUUAUGUAGGGCAGUAUUUUGGAUUGGAUUAAUAUAUUUUGGAAGUGAUUAUAUUGUGGUGUUUAUGGAUGUUGUUCAAU